AUGGCUUGGGGCACUUCUUCGAUCGCGUCGCAACCGCCCCCGCUCCCCUCCACCGAAGAUACGCCCAUUCCUCCGAGGCCUCUGUCGCAAUCGCAAGCCCUUGACCGAAAACCAAACAUGUGGGAUCGCUUCUCUCUGCACAGGCUGAGCGGCUGGUUGCGGAGGGACGAGUCCGACGCCCUGCCGCCGGCCGCGUGGGAAAAGGCACCGCAGCCACAGACGAGGCCGCAAGAGCCGGGCAGCAGGAAGCGCUCGAGGACCGUCGUUCCCGGCUUACCCCGGCAUAUGACAUUCAAGAGGCAGGAGUUGGAGAAGAGAGACAGGCUGAUCCCGGCCGAGCCAGGUCAUUCUGAGCGGAGAGCUUUCUCUGCCGACAGGAGAGACCUCCCAGAGUCGGUGCCGCGACGGCCUCUCUCGCCCCCGCCUCGCUUCCCCUUGCGCCAGUCCGCCCCGGAUUCCUUGCGUCCCUUCAAUAACAGCUCCACCCAAGAAUCAUUACUCCAACAAUAUGAUGACCCAAAGGGGGGCAAGGAAGGAGAUGACGACCGCUCCAACCCCCCUCAGUCGCCUUGGGGACACCCCCCGCCCUUGUCAGCAGCUGGUGAUCUUUCUGACGAUGCAUUAUCAGAGUCCGCCGACGCCCAUGUCAUCCAGCAGGAGCUGGACGCGAAAUGGAUCUUGAACUUGAGCAUGCACUUCCGGGACAUGUCUGACCGGGAAAAGUUCUUCGUCACCUACGCCGAAGAGCCCAACAGGUGGCGAAGAGUGACCAUUUCCAUCGACUACCGCGGGGUUCCGGAGGACUCCCUUGAAGCUGACCUGAAGAGUUUACACUACCAGCGCGACAAGAGCGCACGAAUUUACGAGUCGAUCCGGGAUUCUUUGCUGGAUAUCCAAUUUUACGAGACCGUCACGAACCUCAAACUCCAAACUGACGAUGGCCGCCUGCAUGUCCACGUCACGGAGGACAUGAAUGAAAUUAUCCCCUAUCCAUCCACGUCGGCAGUCGCCCAUCUGGACUGCCGGGUUUUCCACGAGAGUGAUGUUCACUUUGAGUCGCACUUAUCUGGUUUUGUGUACAAAAUCUCCGUUGCUGGUCAAGUUUACAUCAAGAAAGAGAUACCCGGGCCCGAGGCGGUUGAAGAGUUUCUUUACGAGAUAAAUACCCUCAGCCGUCUUCGAGCCUCGCAAUGCGUUAUCAAAUUUGCGGGCAUUAUUACAGACGACAGAGAAGACCGCAUCGUGGGGCUUCUCAUCAGCUACGCCGAGAAGGGCGCCCUCGUGGACUUGGUUUAUGACUGGAAAGAGACCAAGGAAAUGCUCUGGCCAAGACGGGAGCGGUGGGCCAGGCAGAUUGUGCAGGGCCUAUCUGAGAUUCACGAGAGCGGGUUUGUGCAGGGUGACUUUACGCUUUCGAACAUCGUUAUCGAUUCGAAUGACGACGCGAAGAUUAUUGACAUCAACCGGCGAGGAUGCCCCGUGGGAUGGGAACCGCCUGAAUUGUCGCAGCUGAUCGAAUCUGGCCAGAGGAUCGGCAUCUACAUUGGCGUCAAGUCAGACCUGUUCCAGCUCGGCAUGGUCUUGUGGGCUCUUGCCGAAGAGCAGGAUGAGCCCGAGCGCCAGGAACGUCCAUUGAUGUUUACGAUUGCAAGCGACGGGGUCCCCUCGUACUUUAAAGACAUUGUUGAGGCUUGCUUAAGUCCUGAUCCCCGCGACAGGCCCACGGCAAAGUCUCUCCUCUCCAGGUUCCCGGAUCUCGAUCCGGCAACUACAAGACCAAAUUCGAAUGCCAGACAUAGCGUGAUGACACACCGGUCGGACAAGGAGUAUAUCGAUCCAAAGACAGCCGUUGACCAUGAAGAUAUUGACCAGCACAGACGAAAUCACAUCUCAUCGGAGCCUGCUGACCCACCAAGCCUUGAUCCUUCGACUACUUUCAGCUACAUUGGCCCACCUACAGAUUACGAAGCCGAGAGCUCUGGCUCCUACGUCAUCGGAGGCCGUGGAAGAUCCCCCGCAGACCUCCGACAACGCUACACCAACUCCCCCAUCUUCAGCCCCCCAUCCACAUCCGCAAUGUCUCUCGGCGACAGCGAAGCAGAGCCCGAACUGGCCUCGCCGCCACCCGAGCACGAGCGGCCCUGGGAGCAAAUAUACGUAGACGGGUCGACGCGGCUCGUGCAACGCGACUCGUUCAAGCUGGAAGACCCCCACCACGACUUCAUGACGCAGGAGCAAGCCACGGUGUGCAUUUCGACGCCGACGACGGAAGCGCACACGCCGUUC